AUGGUUGAAGAUGGUGACAGAGUUUGUUGGAAGGAGAAAUCAAUAUUCUUUGAUCUCGAAUAUUGGAAAUACCUUCCUGUGAGGCAUGUCCUAGAUGUUAUGCACAUUGAGAAGAAUGUUUGCGAUAGUAUCAUUGGUACAUUGCUGGAGAUCCCUAGAAAAAAUAAAGAUGGGAUUGCUGCUCGAUUAGAUUUAUUGAACAUGGGGGUCAAAACUGAUUUGCAACCCGAGUAUGGAGAAAGACGUACUCGUUUGCCUCCCGGGCCUUGGAAUUUGUCAAGAGCAGAGAAGAGAGAGGUUUGCAAUUCUUUCUAUGGUAUGAAGGACCUUGAAGAUUCAAGACUUCUUGGCCUUAAAUCACAUGAUUGUCAUACCUUAAUGCAACAAUUGCUCCCUGUGGCAAUUUGUUCUGUUUUGGAGAAGCCUGCAAGAUAUAUGAAAGUGCUAAAGGGGUAUGUUCAAAAUCGUACUCGUUCCGAAGGUUGCAUUGCUGAGCGGUAUAUAGCUGAAGAAGCUGUACAGUUUUGUACCGAGCAUUUAUCUGAUGUUAGUACAGUUGAAGUGCCUUCAAGCCAAAAGAUGGGAGUUUCAAGGCCAUUAUCAGGUUGCACAGUGAGCGUAGUUGAUCGGGACCUGUUGAACCAAGCACAUCUAUAUGUCUUGGAGAAUACGGAGGAAGUCUUACCUUAUAUCGAGCAACAUAUGAUCCACAUCAAGACCGAUUAUCCAAAAUUUAGAAAGAGAACAAAGUGGCUGCAGAAUAAGCAGAAUAACACUUUCAUUCAAUGGCUACGCUUCAAGGUUCAAAGUGAACUUAAUGAGGAAGACAAUAAUGGCGUAUCAGAAAAUUUAAGGUGGCUAGCAGCUGGUCCAAACAUGGCAGUGCCAUUAUAUAGGAGCUAUCUUAUUAAAGGUAUUAAAUUCAACAUCAAGGCACAAGAUGAUGUGCGGACAACUCAAAAUAGUGGAGUUUAUUUACUUGCACAUACCAUGCAAGUUGCUAGUGCCAAGGAUAAAAACCCAAUUAUCUCAAAUAUGGGUUUCUAUGGUGUCAUUCAAGAAAUUUGGGACCUUGACUACCAAAAGUUUACAAUCCCAGUCUUUAGGUGUGAUUGGAUAGAUAGUACUUCUGGUCUUGUAGUGGACGAACUUGGAUUUACCCUUGUAGAUUUGAGUAAAAUUGGACAUUGGAAUGACCAAUUUGUUUUGGCUUCUCAAGUCAAACAAGUAUUUUUUGUUGACGACCCGAUGCAUCGUGGUUGGUCGGUAGUGUUAUCAAUGCCUAAUAGAGAAUAUAAUGAUGUUAUUGGUGAUGAUGUCUUAGGUGAUGUGAGAAUUGAGUGUGAGCCAUUUACUAGAGGGAUGCCAAAUGUUGACACAUUUGAUGAAGUGGUGGGUGAGUUAGGGAGUCAAAAUAUUCGAGAUGGGUGUGAAGAUAUAUGGAUUGAAUGA